GCGGGGCUUGCAACAGCUAUGAGCAUAUGUUUGCAGAGUUUCUGUGCUCUCCUUGCUCCCCUGCUCCAGGUUGCAGCAGUGUUGGUCAAGGUACGCGCUCUGGGGAGCCAUCCUGGCAGGUGCCACCUUCCUCCCAGUGCUGCGGCAUCACUGUACCUGGGUACCACCACUGCCUCUUCCAAGCAGCUCUCUUCCACUGCAUGCCUAAGGAUUUCUUCCCUGUGGGCCUCUUCUCUGCUCUCUGACCAUGGUGUACGCUCCGGUACCCUUCCUCUUUCCUUAGAUGAGCUUUCCCUUUGGUACCUGUUACUGUACCUUCAGCAACCAGCACAACCUUUUACACAUGCUAAAAGUGGCUCCAGGAUGAUGGUUCUGGCAGAUUGGGGGCUGGAGACCUGUUGCUGAUUUUGCAGGGGUCCUCCGCAGCAGUGGAAAUCACAGAAAGAAGAACUGCAACUGAAGGAUCCUCCAUCAUGAUGCAUGCACCAGAUAUCAAGAAUGUAAACUACACUGAGUGGGAAUACAUAAGGAACACCACCCCUGAAUUCAUCCUGCAGUACUAUGCACAUUUCCAGUCUCCAACCAUUUACUCAGCUUACCAAGGCAGAGUGAUUUUCUAUCCAAAGAAUGGUUCCAUUCUCCUGCAGAGGUUACAAGAGAUGGACAGUGGCAUCUAUAAAGCAACAGUCGAUCUGAUGCAAGAUAAAGCUAGGACAACGUUCCUUGAAGUUAUCAAGCCUGUGCCCCAGCCUGAGCUCCAGUUCAGUUCAAACCUGGCAGGUUCGCCCAUCAAGCUGAUCUGCGUGGUGCCAGAGGGAACAGUGGCUUCCAUCUCCUGGAAGAAGGACGGACGUCCCCUUCCCCCUGAAAAGUGCUAUCUGCUCCCUGGGGACACCACCACACUGCAAAUAUGGAGCGGGGAGAAGUCAGACUGCGGCUCCUACUCCUGCAACAUCAGCAAUGUGAUAAGCUGGAAGGAGGCAGCCCUGAACCUGACGGUCACAGGUCUCACAUCUCCUCUGUACCACGUGCAGAGGCUGGCCGUCAUCACGCUGAUGUUCACCACUGUCUCCACCAUCGGCUUCAUUAUAGUGGUCUGUCAGCCGAAGGAACACAGGUUCGGAAAUGAGGCACAGAAACAUGUAAUUCUGUCCAUCCAUGGACUGCUGUGUAUCUCCUCUCUCCUCCUGCUUGCCAUCUCCAUCAUCUGGAUGCAGGAAGAAGGGGUUUCUGCUGCCUUGAUCCUUCUUGGGCUGUUCUUCUUUGCUGCCACAAUAGGAACUACCUGGGUGGCAACAGCAGUGGUGUGGAAACCAGCAGCUUUCAACCCCUUCAAAAUGUGGCACCGUGUCAUCCGGAACAGUACAGCCCCCACAGCAAUCAUUGUCAACUUGUUGUUUACCACCUUCUUGCUCCACAAUAUCCAAAAGCUCCACGAGCGAGGCUGCUCAGAGGCCGUUGAUCUGACAAACAGCUGCAUCCUUGCUGCUGUAGCAAUCCUCCUAGUGCUGCUGCUCCUCCUCGUGUCAUAUUGCAGGAGUAAGUGGAAAGAGAAGACAAUGGAAAGCCAGGAGACCACCCGGAACACACAAGCCAUGUCCAUCUUGAUGAUGGAAGAUAUCCCAGGACGGAUGCAGGGAAAGGAGCAAAGUGCUGCCCCUCCGCCAGCUGGGGAGCUGCACUGCCAUGCCACAGGCAGCUGAGGAAGAGCCCUGAGGAGCUGGGAAGCUGCUGUCAGCCAAAGCAAGCCCUCCGUAAGCUCUGCACCUACCCCAGCACUAGCGAGUCAAGGCUUUUGGCAAAAAUCCUGCCAAAAUCCUGCCACCCAGGUCCCCAGGUGAUAGGUCCAAGUGGCAAAUAAUAUGCCCCCCCGGCCAGUUUCCCUGCUGUCUAUUCAUAAAACACAGGCUACAAGAAAAUACAAGCCAUUGCCCUUGCUCACGUUGGUUGUUACCAAAGCAAGGGCAGCUUUUCCAUGAACCAGAAAUUGUAUCAGACUCCAAGGUGGGGGUUAUCCAUCCUCACUAAUGCUGUCACACCACAUGCCUUUUUUGUUAGUACAUUAAUGAGUCCAAAAAACCCCAACCAAAACCAAAAAGACAUGUAAAAUAUCAGUCGAGGAGAAAAGCUGAUGCUCUGGAGCAUUUUGAGGAAUUUAUUCCAGUUGCCUCAACCAGAAUAUAUUGGUGCUGUUAAUUAGUAUAGACAACUGCAGAAGAGUGGAUUAACUCCCAGCUUUAGCCACUAGCCCAGACACUAUUUGUUCCGGUACAAAAGACACACGUACCAUGCUGCCCAAACAGUGCCGAGAUGUGCUGCUGCCAGAGCUGCCCUGCCUGUGCUUUUGCUUCUGAAGCUUGAACUUGACCUAGGUUUGCUUUCAGCAGAGCUCUGCCCACACGAGAACCCCGCUGACACCACCGAGCACGGUGCUGCUCUCUGCACCACUUCGUCCUCCUGCCUUUGCAAGGACCUUCUUAAGGUGCAGUGAGUCAGGUUGGUGGUUCUGAGGGGCGGCAGCUCUGUGAUCACACCUUCCCCUCUAGCUUGCCUUCCUUCAGUUUUGCAAGGCAGAUGUCCCCGCAUUGCAUCACCCUCCUCAGAAAACUCAGGCCCAGCCCUUGCCCGCCUGUCCUACGCAGACACUUGGCCUUCCUUGCCAGCUCCCCCAGGCACUCCUUUGCCCUCACACUCCCAGCCUUGGAAAGGAUGCCUUACCUUUGGGAAGGAUGUCCAGGAAAGGCAGCUCCAUCAGCAUCCCACGUACCUUUGCGGUGGGAUUAUUCACUCCAUUUUAAAGCAUCCCUGAUCUAGGUUGGCCUGAGCUGAUUUCCUUUCCCUGGGGCCCUUAACUGACCCGCAGUCAUGCCAUGACCUUCAGCUCUGGAAAAAAACCAACCUGAUCCUUGCAGGAAAACUUAGCAUUAAGUUCUGCCAAGAUCUUUUGGUUUUUGUCUCCCUUGGACAGGAUGUCAGCUCUAAAACACGUUCAUCCAUAAGAAAAAAAAAAAAAAAAGCACGACCAAACCAAAGGAAAAAAUAGCCUUAUGUUGCUUUUUUCUUCACUUUGUUACAGUCAUUUUAGUAAACAUAUUUCACAUAGA